UUGUUAUUGAGUCGCAGACAAUGCUGAAGUGUGAUCUGUCUUGGAGUACAACAACCGUCAGGUAACUUUCAUGGCUGAUUGCGCAGGUCCUCUUCGACCUGCGGACAGCUGGUCAACCACGGAAGUCCGUUCGGUCACCCACAGGUCUGUCUGGACCAUUAAAGGAUUCAGCCAGUGUGAGUGUCGUUAUCUGGAGACUUCGGCCAAAAUACGUGAUCUCACUCAGGUUGCAUCUAUACCCAUUACUACGCCAUCACCUACACCGAGUGUCUCAGCUGCCACAUUAGAACCACCAAUGCUAACAUUUCGCAUUCGAUUGCAUCCCCAAGGCAACAAGGAGUCGAACAAGGACUUCAGCUUCUUCCAGUGCUUCUCAAACCAGACAAAUGUCCAGUUCAAAGCGAAAUUCAAGUUUACUGUGUUCAAUUCCCGGAAUGAGGAAAUUCCAACAACUGUGUAUACUGGCACACAACAGUUACACGGCUACUUCGAGUACAUUCGAAGGGAUUUACUGAUCAGUCAUGUGCAUCCAUCAGAUGAACUUCAGCUGGUGCUGAACAUGACGGUCACCUUCGAUACAAUAACGAGGACCAGUCAGGCGCCAAAAAUCCUUGGACCUCCAGAACCGAAGUUGUCGGAGGUGACAAGAGAUCUUGAGUCAAUAUUCAAAGACGCUAAACUUUCUGAUUUCACGAUCGUUGUGGGAGAUAAAGAAAUCCCUGUGCAUAAGGUCGUGCUCUCUGCUCGAUCUCCAGUUUUUGCUGCUAUGUUGGAGCCACACACGGAGGAGGCUAAAACUAAUAGAGUUGUUCUUGAAGAUAUAGACUACGAGGUAAUGCAAGAAUUGUUAAUGUAUAUGUAUUCUGGUCGUUCCCCUAACAUACAAUCUAUGGGAUUGGAUUUGCUGGCAGCUGCGGAUAGAUUCCAACUACCCGGCCUGAAAGAAAUGGCGGAUCAUGUGCUACGGAAUGGAUUAAUCGUUGACACUGCCUGUAAAUUUCUCGUCUACGCUGAUAUGUACAACUCGGCCGAACUGAAAAACGAGGCAGUAAGAUUCAUUGCGCAGAAUAUCAACAGCGUCAUACAGACUGACACUUGGGCUGAGCUGACGCGAGAUCAUGGCUGUUUAGUGACAGAAAUUGUCGCUCACAUGUCAAAUGAACGAAAAUCGAGUGCAGGGAGUAUGAACAGCAGCUCUAAUUCAAUGCAUGCGAUGUCGCUGAGUACAUCUGUGUUAGGAGCCGAACCACCGACGAAACGUAUCCGGUUAUUGACACACGAUUAGCGCACACCAGUUUGUGCUAGGAUUUAUAUACUUUUGGUGAUAUGUUCAGCAUGUAUACUGUUCGUUUCCUUUUAUGUGCAUAAUAUGCAGCUCAAUGUGGAGCCUCUUCCAUCUCCAUGUUCUGAGGGUCCUCAGAGGUCGCAACUGUACGAAAAGUCCUUUUUCUUGAAACUGUAUCAGACUAGGAUAUGCAGAAUUUUUGAGGAUUAUGAGGGUAGGAACUGAAACGCUGUUCCAAAGAUCAUCAUCGUGUAGUACUGAUAUGCUUUUCUCAAAGUGAGGUUAGCAUCGGCCUGUUGAACAAGGGCCGAUAAGUUUUAGUCUGUUUCAAGGAAUUGGUCCACUCUAUCAGUAUGGCCGCUCGUCCUCGUAGGGACUUGCAUCAAGUGCGAACCCGCAGUUAUUGCCAUAAAAUUUGAUAAAUGGAAGUAAAUAAUAACGGAAUCUUGGUUAGCUGGUGGUGUCAAGAAAUGCUGUUGGCUUGCCAUAUGGCGCAAAUUGUAGCGAGGCAGACAAGCGACAGCUACAUUCGCCCAAUUCCGUUUGAAACAGGCUGUAUACGGCAAGUGGACAUCACUCUAUCGGCGCGUGUAGUAAAGUGUAUCGCUUUUCUACCUCGUACUUAUCUUCAAGUUACUAACUGUCUCAAUUUAUAGGUUACUCAUAUUAUUGAUAGUUCGCUUGCAACUUUACAAUGUUAAGCAGGUACUUCAUUCUGUGUUACCGGGGACUUUCCCCAUUUUCAAAUAUGUGCAUACUCUCUCUUUUCAUGCCCUUGGAGUCAGUUGCUGUAUAUACUGCAUUUGAGCCAAAAAUAUGUUUUUGGAGCAGUUCGACAAGUGAGGUAAACUUUCGAGGUUUUGUCGUAAUAUAUCCACUCUCGCCCAUGUCCUUGUCGUGAAUUGUUGUUGACUGGUAUAUACAAAGUUUCGGCGUCCACCUGUAGAUUUCCAAAAAGUGUCAUUCUUGUAUUUUUUUGUGAAUUCUGUGAAUAAAUCUCUCUUAAAUG